AUGAGCACUAAAGCUCAAGUGGUAUUUGCUAAUGAAAAGCUACCAAAUAAAAACGCUUUAUGGUUUUUAAAAAAUUGCAGUGAAAAGGAAGUACCUUAUAAUGUGGAAUCCAGAUUUAAAUUAAUGCAUAAAGAAACUAAUAUGGAAUUAUAUGCAAGUAGAGAUGAUAAGUCUCCGACAACUGGACAACGUGAAGGUACGUAUCCUGUCGUAAAAGUAGUAUUGUUGAAUGUCAAUUCAUAA